AUGACUGUUGCGUGGACCGCUCUCUCCCUCCUCUGCCUCUUCAUUCCCAUUCGCGCAGGUUUACCACCCUUUCGCAUUGUCCCACAAAAUUUAACUCUUGAUUUUGGAUCUACUAUUUACCAAGCAUGUCAGCCAACUCUAAAACCAGAUUUCAUCAAUUGGUACGCCAAUGGAGUAUUAGUAGGAGGAUGUCUCUUGCAGUCAAUGAGCAUCACCAGCAAAUCCCCCGAUCCCCGCUAUAAGAUCUACAUGAGUCAACAGGACGAGAAGGGUGGAAUAUCAGUCUGCUACUUGGUUGUUCAUCGAGCUAUGGAAAGCGAUUCCGGCGUCUUCACUUGCAAAUCCAGUCAUCCCGACUCCAACAUUCAUGAAGUUUCGUCAAGGGUUCUUGUACAUGAUAAGACGAUGCGCCUGAAAGUCUUCUUGCAGAAUGGGACAAAUUUGCAGGAAAAUGAUAGCGUAAUGGCAGUCUGUUCAGCCAGAGGCACAAAACGACCGCCAACUCUGCGCUUUAUGUUUGGCGGUGAACCUGUCAAGGCUUCUCUCCCCACGAAAGUAUUGGAACCAAAUGGUGACUACAAUGUGUCAGUGAGUACGGUCAUUCCACUGGAUUGGAGAAGCCAUCUCCGUCUACUCACUUGUCAUGCCGACAUUGGAGAAUUCAGAAAUGUUCAACAGACUUUUCUCGUAGUUCAUCUGAGUACGUAA